AUGCUAAAACUGACGAGCAUCAUUCUUGCUGCCAUUAUAUAUGCCGGUAACAAGACACUGCUGCAUUACCAGGUCACCAUCAACAUACGAGGCGCUGAAUCUAUACAGAUAAUUGCAGGGGACCACUCAUUAAGCAGAUAUGAAGGGACCGAACAAAUGUUUUACCCAACUAAGAUGAUUCCCUAUCCUCAAUACAACCCAGAGAGCAAAGAUUCUGACAUCAUGUUGAUUAAGCUCUCACGACCUGCCAGACUGAACUAUUUUGUGGGUAUCGUGCCCCUGCCCCUUCGAAGCUCGUCGCUGGAAGCAGACACGUUAUGCCGAGUGUCAGGAUGGGGUUACAUCAAUCCUAACAGGAAUGUGGUGCCAAGGAAGUUGAGGGCAGUGCGAGUGCCCAUCGUGCCCAAUGCACGGUGUAACCAGCUUGGCUCCUACAAUGGCAACAUCACCAAGAACAUGAUCUGUGCUGGGUUCCAAGCAGGCGGCAAAGAUUCCUGCCAGGGAGAUUCCGGUGGCCCUUUGGUUUGUAAAGGCAGAAUAUAUGGAAUAGUAUCGUGGGGCAAGCUCUGUGGAGACGGUAGUUAUCCUGGGGUAUACACAGCCGUGGCAAGGUUCCGCAACUGGAUCAAGAGAAACAUCAACCGAUCAUAAGGCAAUUUUCUCCUUCUGAUCAUUUUUGUUAACUUUUUCGCAGUUUUAUCCAGCCAAAACAUUUACAAAAUCAAACUGGUGAAGUUUAAUUGCACAACUUGAUAGUACACGUUUAUCAUAGAUCAAUUCAACUUGCAUGGAGCCAAUUCAGGCGUUUAGAGGCGAGACUGAUGGAGACACUCAAGAUGUUAGAGUUUUCCUUGAGGCUGAAAUUGUUGGAAAACUUUAAUCCAAAUUAUGUUUGCCGGUACCAACUAAAAUACCAUAAUUCUGAAAAUGUGCAUUGGUUGGGCUCAAAGCAGACUUCAAUUAAAUUUAACU